AUUUGCUAUGUGUUGAGUUACAGUUUCAAAAAAUAGAUAUUCAGAUUUUUAGAAUGAAGUUUGUUGAUUAGCUUAUCAUUUUGAAAUAUGUCCAUUGCAGGUUUUACUGGUUGUGGAGAGAGAGAUCAUUUUUCUAGAUUCUGUACUCCCUGGUGGUUUUGGAGAUGACUCGUACAAAACGAUAUUUAGGUUAAGAGAGAGGAAAAAGUUGCCCUUGUUCAGUGGCUUUUACCAAUAAUAUUUUACGCAAGAGCCAUGUUCUGUGGCUGCUGAUUUACACAAAAGCCUUGUUCUAUGGCUGAUGAUUUACAAAAAGCCUUGUUCUAUGGCUGAAAAUUAACAAAAAGCCUUGUUCUAUGGCUGAUGAUUUAUAAAAAGCCUUGUUCUAUGGCUGAAAAUUAACAAAAAGCCUUGUUCUAUGGCUGAUGAUUUACAAAAAGCCUUGUUCUAUGGCUGCUUAUUUAUAGCUUUGUUUUUUUGUUUUAUGUUUACGCAGAAGCCUUGUUCGAUGGCUGUAGGAUUAGGUCUCAUUUUAUGAAACUAGACCAUGGAGAACAAUUGUAUGACUAUAGGUUUCAGUAAGUGUGUGUCCAUAAUUAAUUUUUUUUCCCAUUUUAUGUGCAGACAUAUUGCAGGCCAGAUUGACCCAAGACCCUGGACAGAGAAGACCGGCAGAAGUUUUGAUCACUUCCCUCAACAAACUUCUGGGAACUACUGUGGCAUCCUUAUACUCAUUUAUGCCCUCUGUAUCUGCACCAAUACCCCAUUUAUCUUCACAGAGAAUGAUGUGCCAUUAAUCCGCCAGUGGUGGUGCAUCCUACUGAUGGAAAGAUUUCAGAUUGAAGGACAUGGCCAGAGGUUUGCUUUCUGGACUGACAGGGCUAGCAGGCUAUUGCAAGGGACCCUUCAGCCACUUUUUAGGGUAUCUAGGUCAAUCACUUCAGACAUUCCACCUCAUGUGCAAACCAUGGUCAACCGCACAGCCCAAGAAAAGAAGCUGGUAGACUUUGCUGUACAAGACCAUGGAGUCCGGCAACAUUUGUUGGGUGUACUCUGUGGAAAAGAGCCUUCGAAGUGGCUCAGCAGAAUCCAGAAGGGAUCAUCUCUACGGGUGCCAGUGUACCUGGACUCGGAGGAAGAACAGGACUCCCUAUUUUUCGAUCUUCAGGAUGUCCUGAAAUCUGCACCAGUAGAAUUCCACAUUGAGGAUCAAGUGCAGUUCAUUUUGGAUGUUUUGUUCCCAGAGGUAAGGUUACUAGGUAUGCAGUAAAUAUCUAUUAACAAUGUUAAAUAGCCUGUUGUGACUUAAGUUACAUAAAAAUUUUAAUCAAAUGUAUCUUUUUUUAAAAUCCAAUAGAGUAGUACUGUGAGACCAUGAUAACCACAAUACAUUUUCUCAGACAGUUAUUGGGUCAUUUUCAGCAGUGACACUAACGCUAAUGCUGGAGUUUUUAAACACCUCAGUUUCACUUGCUUGACCUGAAUAGUCCACCGGCGGUGGACAUCCAGUGAGCAUUGAUGAAGGACUAGAGUAUUGACAGCACCA